AUGGCUGAUUACAUGGUUUAUUGGCUUGUGUUACUUUUGGUUGCAACCUCCAUGUGCACUACAGAAGCAGCUGCAACCACAUAUAAUGUCAUCACAUUUGGUGCUAAAUCGGAUGGUGAAACUGAUGCCUCUCAGCCAUUCCUCAAGGCAUGGGCAUCGGCAUGUAGAUCGUUUCAACAGUCGAAAAUUUACGUCCCUAAAGGACGUUACUUGCUAAAACAAGUCACGUUUACCGGACCGUGUAGGAACCAAAUCAAAGUUCAAAUUGACGGUACUCUAGUUGCUCCGGAUAAUUACCGUGUUAUUGGUAAUUCAAACUACUGGAUAUUGUUCAUUCUGAUUAACAACAUUUCAAUCAUUGGUGGAACUCUCGAUGCCAAAGGAGCCGGUUUUUGGGCAUGUAGAAGAUCAGGAAAGAACUGCCCUGUUGGAGCUAAUUCUAUAACAUUCAACUGGGCUAACGACGUUGUGAUAAGUGGAUUAACAUCGAUAAAUAGCCAGUUAAUGCACCUCGUAAUUAAUAGCUGCAACAACGUAAUGGUUCGUAAUGUGAGAAUUGUAGCUCCCGACUUGAGCCCUAACACGGACGGGAUUCAUGUUCAGUACUCUACUGGUGUUACAAUCACUGGCAGCAGCAUAAAAACUGGAGAUGACUGUAUAUCAAUUGGUCCUGGGACCAGAAAUUUGUGGAUGGAGAAAAUACAGUGUGGCCCUGGACAUGGUGUUAGCAUUGGCAGUCUAGGAAGGGAUUAUAAUGAAGCUGGAGUACAAAAUCUGACUUUAACCGAUUCGGUUUUCAGUGGAUCCGACAAUGGGUUACGGGUUAAAACAUGGGCGAGACCCUCAAAUGGUUUCGUUAGAGACAUUCACUAUCGAAAUAUCCUUAUGAAGAAUGUCCAUAAUCCAAUUAUUAUCGAUCAAAAUUAUUGUCCCGCCAACCAAGGUUGUCCCCACCAGGGUUCAGGAAUAAAGAUAAGUUCAAUUAACUACGAAAAUGUACAAGGAACAUCAGCAACUGAGGUGGCUAUGAUAUUUGAUUGCAGCCCUACCAAUCCAUGCACUGAUAUCUCAUUAAGAAACAUCAAAAUCAGUUUAGCUAACAGCAGAACAAAGGCUAAAUCAUAUUGCAAAAACAUUGGUGGAAGGACCAGUGGUGUCAUUUUGCCAGAUAAUUGCUUAUAA